AUGGGUGUGUGGUACAUUGUGUUACUUUCCGUGAUAAUUCGAGUGGCGGCUACAGAUCAUCCCCCAAACAAUCCACCAUUCGCUUUGGAUGAGGCUAAUGUUGCGGCCGAAACACGAAUACUGGAGCGAUUGUCGCAUUUGUUACAAAGCUUGAGUGACAAAAUACAAAUGUUGGACGAUCGAGUUGACAGUUUAUUACUUGCGCAAAAUGACACUAACAAAUCGUUGGGAAAAGUUUCGGAACAAUUAGAAAGCUUCCAAACAUCGACUAAACAAGAAAUGAUCAAUCUAAAACACAAGUUCGGACGAUUCCCGGAAGACACAGGAGUGUACUUCAUGCAACCGGAUAUGUCCAAGAAUAUAUCGUUUGAAGUAGCUCGUGACUGGACAAAUAAUCACGGAUUUGGUGACGAAUGGAUCAUUUUCCAGCGACGGUUCAACGGUUCGGUCAAUUUCUAUCGUAACUGGUCCGAGUACAAGCAAGGAUUCGGUGAUCUACGCGGUGAACACUGGUUAGGGUUGGAAAAGCUGCACGCGAUCGUGAAAACCCGUCGUCACGAGCUGCUCAUCGUGUUGGAAGACUUCGACGGUGUGAUUGCGUAUUCCCAUUACGAUGACUUUAAGAUCGGAGAUGAAAGUGAGAAAUACAUCAUAAAAUCGGUCGGCAAAUACACCGGUACAGCGGGUGAUUCGUUCACUCAUCACAAGGACGAAUUAUUUUCAACAUACGAUCAGGACAAUGAUAAUGAUACUUAUUUUAACUGUGCUAAGUCGUUUGCUGGCGGAUGGUGGUUUUACAACUGUUAUCAUAGCCAUUUAAACGGAGAGUAUUUAAAUGCAAAUAACACGCUUGUAGCUGGUACCACUUGGAAUUUGUUUCGGGGAAAAACAAACUCUCUGAAGAGCACCAAAAUGAUGGUUCGACCUGCUGAGUAA